AUGGCUGGAGAGUGGGACAGCCUUAUUGCAGAGGAGGUGGAGAACUCGCAUGCGCAGAGAGAAGGCCGGAAAGGGGACAAAGAUCCUGAGGCCUCUCCGGCGCAAGAGGCUCCCAAGAAAGCGGAGCGCAAAGCAGGUGCUCCAGACUUGCGCGAACUACGAGAGAAGGCUGCGAAGCCCUUGUCCAAUCCGUUUUCCGGCCUGAAACCCUGUCCCGCCGGGGGCUACGAGUUUCGCACGGGGCAUUCGACGAAGUUUCCAAAGAUCGAGCUGCAAGCCGGCGAAACGGACCUCCAAGCGGCCUUCCGGGUGGCUUCCGAGCGACGCGACGUCGGCCGCGCCGCCUUCGGCGAUGGCACCAAGUUCGUGGCGGCGCAGGAGGCGGUGGAUGCCUGGGGCCAGGGCUUAUUGGCAUUGCAGCGCUUGAGGAAUCUGAGCGCUCGCGCGGUGACGCAAGACGAUGAGAACGCCUUGCUCCUGCUGGAGGGCAGCCAGCCUGCGGAGACGGUGAAUUCUCUGGAGGUCGUGUUGCGCCUCAAUCUGGCGCAGGCCUUGAUCAAAUUGAGGCAAUACGAGAACGCUGUCUGCCAAUGUCAGGGUGCUUUGGAAUUGGAUCCCUUGAACCUCAAGGCCCUCUGGCGCAAGGCCAAGGCCGUCUGGGCCUUGCGCUGCCCUGGCGAGGCACGAGAGGCUCUGGACGAAUUCCUCAAAGUGGACCCUGGCAACCCAGCGGCGCGUGCGCUGCUGUUGGAGAUCGAAACGGAGGAGCUGAAGCGCAAGGCCAAGCGCGUGGGGCCCGGCUUCGCGGAAGCUGGCAGGACAGCGGGACGCCAGUGCCCGAAGCCGCCCCAUGCGGAGGAGGUUGAACCGCUGGUGGAAGAGUCGGCGGAACCCGUGGAGAAAGUUACGCUCUGGUUUUGCUGCCGCCGGCAUACCUCAGCCGUAGCCGUGAGCGGUUUGCCAAUCUGUCACUGCUACCACAAUAAGGCGGUCCGCAAAACGCAGAAGGCACGACGUCACCGCACCCGGGCGUCCACACCCUCCUCUCCCGAGGCGGUGGGAGGGUCUGGCGCCAGUCCCAGCCGAACCCGCGGCAUCAAGCGGGCCCUGGAACUGCGCGACACCUAUGCAGGAGCUUUGAAGCCCUCAGUGGUAACAACUGUUGCGAAGCCCUGCGAAGUGGAGAAGCUUCAGGCUGUUCUCAUCAAUUUGGACAGAAGGCCGGAUCGCCUUGCGGAGUGCGCCCAGCGCAUCGAGACCAACUGCGAUUGGCUCCAGUACCAACGCAUGAGGGCCAGCGACGGGAAGCAGGACCUCAUCAGGUCAGACGAAGUGACCCAUUGGUGGCACACCGGUCGCAACGUGGUGUACCAGAAGAUCCGCUCACGCCGAAAAGGCUGGGAUGAUCUCCACACUUACAAGGUGAGAGAGUUGAGCAUGAGCGCUGGUGAGCGUGGUUGCGCAAUGUCGCAUAUCCGAGCCUGGCGGCGGUGCCUGGAGAACAGCGCGGAGACCUG